AUGCCCGUCGGAACCAAAGCCGUCUACCUCCCGAAUUUCACGAUCUCGCUCGUGCGAACCCCGCACCUGCCCGCGAACUUCGCGCAAUUCGUCGUUCCGCUGAACAUCAACAAGCUGGACCUUCGGGACUACCUCAAGAACGUGUACGAUGUUGACGUUUACAACGUGCGCUCGUUCAUCGUGCAGCAGAAGCUGCAGCGGACGCGGCCGGAGCGCCCCGAGGCUGUCGAUUACUGGCGCCCAAGGGCUGUCAAGAAGAUGACCGUCGAGCUCGUAAAGCCGUUUGUCUACCCCGCGGAGCCGGAGGAUUUGAGUCCCUGGGAUAAUGAGCUCUGGAAGGCACUCGAGAAACAGCGCGAUAUCAGCCAGAAGACGCUGGGGCCGUAUGCGUACAAGGAGCCGAAUCCCGACCGGAGCCGGCUCAAGGCGCUCGCCUCCGAGGUGCUCAGCGAAAAGUCGACUACUACCACGACCGAGGUCGAGAAGGAGAUCAGUGUGCGGUGA